CACACACACUCUGGCGUCACUCGUCAGCAUGGCGUUCAGUGGGAGGUACCAGCUGGAGAGUCAGGAGGGCUUCGUGGAGUUCAUGAAGGCCGUCGGUCUGCCCGAUGAUUUGAUAGAGAAAGGCAAAGACAUCAAGAGCACGUCGGAGAUCGAGCAGAACGCAGAUCACUUCAGGGUGACCGUGACGACCGGAGCCAAAGUGCUGACCAACACCUUCACCGUCGGGCAGGAGGCCGACAUCGAGACGCUGACCGGAGAGAGAGUGAAGGCCGUCGUGACGAAAGAGGGCAACAAGCUGAAGGUCGUCCUGAACAGAAUCACGUCGAUCACGGAGCUUGUGGACGGAAACACACUCGUCAACACUCUGACUCUCGGCGGCCUCGUCUACAAGAGGAUCAGCAAGCGUGUGGCCUGAACACACACACGGACCUCCACAUGAUUUGAGAAAAGACAAAUAUCAUGUUUUUUUUUUUUUAUUAAACUGUUCUCAAAAUCA